CUGAAGAGCAUGAUAGGAGAGAGAUGUAGGGAGUGACAGACCCAAAUUUUCAUUUUGCUGAAAGGCCAUUUUUUAAUUAUAAAUAGUUUAAUUAGACUUUGUAAUACUGUUGGAGAAAGUGAAUUAAAUUAAUUAAGAUCCUCUGUAUCCUCUUUUGGUAAUUUCACCCCAACGUAAUGGCUAAACCCCUUGAAGCCUCGUUUUUUGUCAAAAUCCUAACCCUAACAUUUCACUCUGGCUUUGCCUUCUCCAAAUGGCGUCUCGAUUUAGAUCUCUCUCAAAACCAACAUUCUCUGUCCUCAAAUCGGCCAUUAACAAACCAACCCUUAAACCCAAUCCGGCUUCUUCUCUCUUUCCUGCACGCUCUUCUACCACAUUUUCAUGGUCAGUUUCUCAAUUGGGUUGUCUUCAAUCUCUGUUACCUCUCCACUCAGUGGUGUCUUCAGCUAGGCUCACUUCAUGUCUAGGAAUCGAUUCAAGGAGCUCGAGGUCGUUGUCUCAGGGUAUGCUUUGCAGUGCAAAUCCAGGAGUUUGAUAAUCUCCAAAAUGUUUGUAAUUUUGUUUCUAACUAGGUCUCAGUGUACCUCGAUAACGUAUCAAAAGUGGAAGGAAGUACUGCAUGAUGGGUCAGAGUUAUUGCUAUCCUUCUUGUAAUGUUCACUUGGAGAUUUAUUCUAUUUGAUAAGUAUGUCCUUUUCACUAUUAGUUGAAGUAAAAUUUUAAAGUCCUGGAUGAUGGACGUAUUACACUGCAAGAAAUCUAUUCCCUGAUACCCAAUUCUGGAAACUUUCUCUUUAGAUUUCAAUCUUCCUCUUAGGAUUCUCUUACAGAUUAUAUGUUGCGCAACACUUUGGCUUUGUUACUUCAAAUGAUAAAAUUUCUUUGCCGUUUACUUCACUUCUGUCAUGUCUUAAAGUUAUG